UACACGUUUCUAUGGAUUCUAUUGAUACUGUGUGAGGCGAAUUUCAAGCACUUUACGGAAAAUUACUUAUUCAGUUCUUGGAGGUCUGUAUCUGUGUAGAUUUAAUCUCUCCGUCCGACUGGCGAAUUAUCAGCGAAGCAGAACACCGAGCAGUUAAAUCGAAACUUGCAGAAGACCCCAGUUAAUUAUUCCACAUGGCCGUUUUACGUUUUCGUUUUAUUUUCCGUAUCUUUUUCGCGACUCUUUUGCUGAUAGGAACCAUAUCAACAUUUACGAUGCUCCGUGCCAACCAUAAAUCUUAUGUCAAUAAACUUGAACCUCGCAGCAAUGAAGAUAAAUUACCAAUCGACGCAAUUAGCCCAUCUCUGCGAAUACUCUCUGAAGAUGUCCGACAGUCUAACGAAGACGUUACGCGUUCCGAACUUAACCCGACGACUAAACCCAAACGACGAAGUCUUGUGAUUUUCGGAGAUGAUCGUUCAGGAACUACACUUCUGACACGAAUGUUUAGCGAAGAUUCAAACAUUUUUUCAGUGUACGAACCAUUGUGGAUAACUCGAAAAUGGCGAGCGACCGAGCCUGAUAGAGACCAAGUGAAAGAUGUUACUGACGUUGUUAGUGCGCUUAUGAGCUGCCACUUCGUGGAUAAUCCGACUGCUAUGAAAUUCCUCGCGUACGCCUCCAGAAAAUGGGCUCCAGGAUUAUUUAAAAACCCGUUUCAAUCUCCUCCAAUAUGUAACGGGACUGAGAAAGGAAAAACAACUUGCCCAAGUCCUGAAACGGUGCCAAGACGUGUAGAAGAAGCCUGUUCAAGCCAUUAUAAGCACAGUGUCACCAAACUCGCCAUUGUUCGCGUGCCAGAGAGGAAGCUAUCAAACAUCUUUCCGAGGAUAAUUAAUGACAAUCCAGACACUGAAAUCAAGAUUUUACACGUUGUUCGCGACCCAAGAGGUUCCAUAAACUCCAGGAUUAACCUUGGAUGGAUCAAAGAAGUCGACAAAGCAAAAAAUUUCGCUGCCUGGCCAAAGGACACAUGCCAAGGAAUCAUACAGAACGUGAAAUUUGGCACGAGUCUUGAAGGAAGCUUGAAGGACAACUACAUGUUGGUCAAAUAUAAGGACAUCGCUUUCUCGCCUGUGUUGACUGCCAUGAAGAUUUAUAAGUUUGCUGGAUUUGAGAUGCAAGAGAGCUUGAUUCGAUGGAUUAUACACGCAACAAAUCCAAAUAAAGAAACUCUCGACAAAGAGGCCAAAAAAGCGUUUUCAUCGUUUCGAAAUUCCACUGCGAAUGUUGAAAAAUGGCGACAGGAAUCCCCUAUAGAAAGGACUCGCAUUAUUGAACAAGAAUGCGGCGAAUUGUUAGAUCUUCUUCAUCUGGAAAGACUAACUUAAUAAAUCAAAACACUGAUACUUUUUCUAUUAAACGCGAUAGAAAUCUCGAGCUCAUAAUCUAAUUGUUUUAGUAUGAAUCUACUAGUAGUUCAAAACGCAAAGAAGCGGACGCUAGUUCGUCAACAAGCACACACCGCUAGGCUACUCACUAUCUGCAGCAGAAUUGACCGUGGGUAGAGUAGCCAAUCAGCGAGUGGCACUCAUAAUAGAACACUAGUAGAUUUAUACUAAAAAAGAGAUAUAUUGAUGGGGGAGGGCCGAGGGGAGAGUAAGGCGGGUCAGCUGCUGCGACCAUGAUUGUUCUAAAAAUAGUCUUGACCAUGCAGUUGUACACAACACGCACACGCACACGCACACGCACACGCUCAUUCACUCCUUCUUCACUUAGCCCAGCUCGAUGACUGAUCUAGUUAGACCGUUUAGCAAAUGAAGAAAACUCGAGCACCUGAUGAAAUCCCCCAUAACCCCACAAUGAAUGACAACAAACUUCACAAAAAAUGUCUCUCCCAGCCAGAAUUAAGUCUGACACACGUACAUUGGCUAGAGGUACCAGAGCCCAGAAAAAAUCAAUUACGAAAUGUGGCACACACGCAGCACACGUGCGAUUAAUGAUAUCGAAUUGACAAAUUGACGUCAGUUUUUUUAUGCGUUUGUCCUCUUAUUGAUGAUAAAUUUCG